AUAUUGUCAUCCCAACUGCCCGUGCAUGUCCGCCCACAUGGGGUGUCGUGGCUUCCCGAUAGGACUUUAAAAUUUGUAUAUUCAGCAUAGUUUGUGAGAAAAUUUCCUACACUCCACUCUUCACAAAGUUUUCGUGGCCGAUAUACUUUCGAAGAAGUACGGAGUCAACUUAUUUAACUCGAUUAUUGAACAAUCCUAUAACGUCUCAUCUGAAGCAAUAAGUAUAAGGCCCGUUUCGAUUUUCAAUGCGAUGACGUACCUUAUCACUGGGUUUCAUAAAUUAUAUCAUCAUCAUCAUUACCAUAAUCUCAGUCCUAUAAUGUGAAUAAUGCUAAAGGUUAAACGCGUACGCUGCCAUUCAAAACAAAUGAUAAGACUGGGCAUGUAGCGAUAGUUUACCUCCCUGGUAGUGAAAAAUGUUGUCUAAACGGUUAUUCAGGAAAUACAACAAGUUGGUUCGAUUGAUACAUAAUUCGGCAAAUGUUAUAAAAUCUUGUAUUGAUGUUCAAUCGCCUCAGUUCAAGGAGAAUCAUGGCCGAAUGUCUCAAUUGGUCGAAGAACUCCGAAAGAGGACUCAAACGGUACUUGAAGGGGGUGGUGAGAAAGCUAUCAAAAGACAGACAUCCCAGGGAAAGUUACUAGUCCGAAGCAGGAUCGAGCUACUUUUGGAUCAUUCCUCAGCAUUCCUGGAGCUGUCUACCCUAGCUGCCAAUGAUAUGUACGAUAAAUCCAUACAUGCUGCUGGUGUUGUGACGGGUAUUGGAAACAUACACGGACAACAAUGUAUGAUAGUCGCAAACGAUGCAACGAUCAAAGGAGGCAGCUACUUUCCGAUGACCGUCAAGAAACAUCUGAGGGCCAUGGAAAUAGCCGAACAGUGCCAGCUGCCAUGUAUCUACCUGGUAGACAGUGCAGGUGCUAAUUUACCUCACCAAGCGCAAGUCUUCCCCGACAGAGAUCAUUUCGGAAGAAUAUUUUUUAACCAAGCUAACAUGUCUGCCAAAGGAAUUCCCCAGAUUGCAGUUGUAAUGGGAUCGUGUACAGCUGGUGGAGCCUACAUACCAGCUAUGGCCGAUGAAUCUGUAAUCGUCCGACGGACCGGAACAAUCUUUUUGGCUGGACCACCACUGGUGAAGGCAUCUACAGGUGAAGAGGUUUCAGCUGAAGAUCUAGGUGGUGCAGACCUACAUUGCUCGACUUCCGGUGUGACAGAUCACUAUGCCGUAGACGAUCGCCAUGCCAUCUACCUAGCCAGACUAAUUGUAAAGAAUCUCAACCGAAAAUUACCUGUAAGCUUCAACGAAGCUAUCGAAUCUCCAGUAUACGACAGUGAAGAACUGUAUGGUAUUUUGGAUUCAAACUUACAGAAACCGUUCGACAUACGAGAAAUCAUAGCACGGAUUGUAGACGGUUCCAAAUUUGAUGAGUUUAAGAAAAAGUAUGGUGAGACUUUGGUGUGCGGUUUUGCAAGGUUAUAUGGCAAACUGGUCGGUAUUAUAGGAAACAAUGGAGUAUUAUUCUCUGAGUGCGCGAUGAAAGGGGCGCAUUUCGUGCAGUUAUGUUCACAGAGAAAUGUUCCUAUUAUAUUUCUUCAGAACAUUACAGGUUUCAUGGUUGGCAGGCAAGCGGAGGCAAGUGGUAUAGCAAAACACGGAGCCAAACUGGUUACUGCAGUAGCAUGCACUCAAGUUCCUAAAAUAACUGUGAUAGUAGGUGGAUCCUAUGGAGCAGGGAAUUAUGGUAUGUGCGGUAGAGCAUAUUCCCCAAGAUUUUUGUAUAUGUGGCCAAACUCAAAGAUAUCUGUGAUGGGCGGACCCCAAGCAGCUGGAGUGUUAUCUCAGAUAGCCAGCAGAGGAAAAGAACUGACAAAAGAGCAGAAAAGCAAGAUAGAAAGACCUAUUAUUGAACAGUUUGAGAGGGAAGCCUCAGCAUAUUACAGUACUGCGAGAUUAUGGGAUGAUGGUGUUAUUGACCCAAAAGACACAAGAAAAGUGUUGGGUUUAAGCCUUGCUGCAGCAACAAACAACCCUGGCGGACCAACUUCCUUUGGAGUAUUCAGGAUGUAAUAAUGAAAAUUAUUAAUAAAAGAUAUUAAAAGAUUCGAAACUGAUUUGGCGUCACCAGACACAAUGGAUAUAGAAAAAUACUGAAUUAAAAAAUGGAAAAAUAACCUUAUAUUGAGGCAGGGCUAGGGUGACAAUCUUAGAUAAAUAUUCCGUAAAUCAUCCUAUACAUUGCAC